AUGGGAGAGUUUCCCAGGGAGCUCCUGGUUUUUGAGGGCGGCGAGGGCACCUCCAUCCGAGAAGUGAAGGCCAGGGUGGCAGCAAGCGGAGGCCCAGGGGUGUUUCUUCAGAAUCUCAUGCUGGAGGACCGCACCUUACGCGAUGAUGAGACCUUCGGCAGUCUGUCUUUAGCCGGAGAUGCAACGCUGUACAUGGUUGCCAAAGACCUGGACGUGAUGGGCCUCCUCGAGAGACUGCGCUCUUCCAAGCCAAGAACGGAAUGGCCAAUCAGCCAGGAGGAUCUCGAGAAGGUCGUAGACCUCGCCGUGGAAAUCUUCCUUUCGGAGCCAUGCUUGGUGGACUUGGCUGCCCCCGUGAACGUUUGCGGUGCGGUUAUGGGAAAUUUUCAGCAGCUGUGCUGGAUUUUUGACCGGCUCGGCGAUCCCGGGCAGGCCAAGUACGUCUUCCUUGGCAGCUACGUGGACAGGGGUGAUCAAAGCAUCGAGACCAUGGCCACCCUGCUGCUGUUCAAGUGCCGGUAUCCGGACCGUCUCGUCCUCCUCCGAGGGCGGCAUGAAUGCCAGAGCAUCAACCGCAUCUACGGCUUCUACGAUGAGUGCAGGAGGCGCUGCAGCCUGAAAUUCUGGAAGACCUGGACGAACGUCUUCAACUGCAUGCCCUGCUGCGCUCGCAUCCAGCAUCGCAUCCUUUGCGUCCCCAACGGACUCAGCCUGGAUCUCCAAAACGCUGGUACCUUUGACAAGAUCAACCGCAUUGUUAGGCCGACGGAUGUGCCAGAUGAAGGCCUGCUCUACGACUUGUUGUGGGGCGAACCCGACCAGCGCGUGAGGGGCUUUGUGGAUGAAGUUCGCAUGCGAAGCUGCUUCGGCCCAGAUGUGGUGGCGCCCUUCCUGGAGACGCACGGGCUGGAUCUGAUUUGCAGGUCGGCGCUUGUGGAGGAGGGGUUCGAGUUCUUCGCCGGCACACCGCUGGUCGCCCUGGCCAGCUCCAUUA